AUGGUAGAUGAUAUGAGGAUGGCGCUAUUGGUGGCUCUCCUCGUGGCCCUGAGUCUGAUUGUACGGAGCGACAGUGCCCCACCACUGGAUUCAGAACCAGUCAUCUACGACCUAGAGAAUUAUGAUGAGGGCCUCUGGGAUCUAGAGAACUUUGCAGAGGGCUACGACUAUGAGGAGAUUGAAGUGGGCACACUAGCUCCGCCUCCAACCCUUGAGCCACCUGCCAUCAUCCCCGACUCUGAGGUCGAAGCAGAGGUCACUGAGUCUCCUCUUCCCACCCAAGCGUCCACCCCGCCCACCCUAGUCUUUACUGCCAUGGGACUGUUUGGCCCGGAAACAGGAUUAGACAUGCCCACCUGUUUGCUGUGUGUGUGUAUAAGUGGCAGUGUUUACUGUGAUGAUGCUGAGUUGGACCAGAUCCCUCCUCUGCCAAAGGACACCACUCACUUCUACGCCCGCUUUAACAAGAUCCAACAAGUUCAAACCAGGGACUUUGCCAACUUGAAUCAGCUGAAGCGCAUUGACCUGACAGGAAACCAGAUCUCUUCUCUUGAGGAGGAUGUUUUCAGGUCCAUGCCCCAGCUACAAGAUCUUCUCCUAACGGACAAUCGUAUUCAGGCUCUACCAGAACUCCCCAAAACCCUCAAGUAUUUGGAUGUCAGCAACAACCAGCUGAAAAAUGUUGGAAUUCAUGACGAAGCCUUUAAGGACAUGAGCAACCUUCAGUUCCUGUAUCUGUCCAAGAACCUACUGGACUACGUCCCUGUUCCGCUGCCCGAUAGCUUGCGAGCACUCCAUCUCCAGAACAACAACAUCCAGACACUCCACGCAGACACCUUUUGUAAUAGCCACAACGUUCACUACGUCCGGAGACAUCUGGAGGACAUCAGACUAGAUGGCAACCCACUAGAUGUCGGCAUCUUCCCCCGGGCUUACGUGUGCCUGACUCGCCUUCCCGUCGGGAACGCACACUAACGGAAGAAUGCCACAAGAGCACACCAGCACAUUUCACACCAUUUAGUCAAUAAACAUGAUACAUGUAAUCAUUUCUUUCAUAAAGUGUGCUAUGCAAUUCAGCAAAAGAAAAUGGUAGCCUCAUACAAUUAGAGACUGAUGAGUGUGUUCUGUGUGUAAGCUUUAUUUUUUAAGGUCAGUUAACAUUUUUAGAUGUAGUACCCCAAAUCCACCACUUGUAGGGGAACUUCUCCCAUUUAUCUCGCCCAGUGCGGUGUGGAUGACACUGCUUCUGGGGAUUUGAGCUCCUGUAGAUCUGAGUAUGACUCUCAAGGAAUUAGUCAAAUAUAUGAAUGUUGUAGAAUGCAGAAUAUGACUUUCCCAUAGUGUAGCAUUUUAUUUUGUAGAUUUUCGAAUUCGAUGUAGAAUGGCGGCCUUUCAAAUAUAGCGAAUGGAUUCCUGGGUUUCAUAGCAACUCUAAAAAUCUUACCCAUGUUCAAGAUAUGCACCUCCUUGUAUUGAAGACAAAAUGUUUGGCACUUUUAGAGAACAAUUAAUGUUUUGUUGACAGAU